AUGACACAGGACUCUCUCAAUUGCAAGCUACCCAGAGGAUAUUCGACCAUGUCAAUGCCGUCCACGCCAAGAUGGCCUGCAGAUGAGACCGGUGUGCCUGAGAUAGUCGGUGACGAGUGCUUCGGAGACUUGGCGGACAAGCUGUGCCAAUUUUUUGAGCAUACUAUCAAGACGCCGCAUACUUUCGAAGACUUGCGUAGAUCGCAAGAGGGGAAGGCCCUUCAGCCUCUCAUCCUAUAUUUGUCUACCCAAGUCGAUCACCCUGCCCUCGUGUCAGCUCUCCUCGCCCUCAAAGGGCAUUUCUCAGCCUUGGAGGAAGCCAGCGACGAACCUGGUGUAAAUGAGGCGCGAGGCUAUGCAUGCGAAUUCGUCGCCUGGCAGUUCUUGACGAAUCUGAAAGAGGCAGAUAUUAUCGAGUCUUUACUAGUAGAACUCCCGCCUGCAACAGCCCCGAACACUCCAGAUGCAUCGAGCCACCAUCAUACGUACGAAGACGGACGCGAUGUCCCACAUGCGGACGAGCGGUCGCCUCUGCUGCCAGUAUCCAAUGGCGAUUAUUUUGGGCACAGCGACUCUUCCAGAUCUCGCUUCGGCUCAUUGAUGUCGCGAUGCGAGAACCUAAGUGCGCUGGAACUUGCGACUGUAUCCGGUGCGAAAAAGUUCCUAUCACAAAGACCAGUCCAGAAGAUCAUCAACGGCUUGUGGAAGGGCGACAUCGUGUUUUGGGAGACCCUCAAUCUACACUCGGAGAAGAAACCGAAGAAAUAUAAUCGGAAACAGGCCGAUCCAUUCUCACGUCUACGCGUCCCACUAUAUCUGAAAAUAUUCGAGACACUGUUCUUUGCGGCAUUCUUAGGACUAUACUACGCAGUGCUGGUGCAGCGCAACAACACCAGGGUCACCAUCCCUGAGAUACUGCUUUACGUAUGGAUUGCCAGCUUCGCAUACGACGAAUUUGCCGACUGGCUUGAUGCGGGGCAGACUUCCUUCUACGCCUCGGACUUCUGGUGGACUUGGGACAUCAGCAUCGUUGUCGUCGGCUUAGUGUUCUGCAUUAUGAGGAUCGUUGGAUUGACUACGUCUAACGCUGCAACCAUCGAUCUCGCAUACGACGUACUCGGACUAGAGGCUCUUUUCCUUGUGCCGCGCAUCUUUGCUCUCUUGAGUCUCAAUCGUUACUUUGGAACCCUCAUCCCAUGCCUCAAGGAGAUGACCAAGGAUUUCGUCAAGUUUUUGUCCCUUGUAGUAAUCUUGUAUCUAGGUUUCUUGACUACUUUCGUACUGCUAGCUCGUGAUAGCAGAUUCAACCCCAAGCAAAUGAGUUGGAUCCUGAUUAAGGUCUUCUUCGGUUCUAGUUACCUAGGAUUCGAUGUCGCCGAAGAGAUCUCGCCGUUCUUCGGUCCUCCCGUUAUGCUGAUCUUCGUGACUCUGACGAACAUACUUCUCAUCACAUCCUUGAUAUCGCUUCUGAGUAACUCGUUGAGUAAGGUUUUGGAUCAUGCGCGAGACGAGUAUCUCUUCAUCUACUCCGUAUAUGUGCUCGAAGCAUCAAGUUCAAACAGAUUGACGUACUUUCUGCCUCCACUGAACCUCAUCCCGCUAGUCAUUCGACCUUUGCGGCUCGUUUUGCCCUCGGAGCGGCUUAGGAGCGUUCGGAUCGUCUUACUGAAGGCUACGCAUUUACCUCUCGUCUCUGCAAUCUGGGCUUUUGAGCAACUUACCGACACCCGGAAUCGCCGUGUAAAAGUGACGUCCUUCAGUGGACCGCAAACACCUACGCUGCCUAGAAGGGCUCUCCGGCUGCCUGUCAAUUCGCCACGCCUACUGAUGGCAGAUGCACCAAAUAUGCUUGGAAGGAGGCCCCACAAGCAUCAGGCUCCAGCAGGGUUUACAGAAACAGAUGCUCAGUUGAAGACACUAGUCCUCAAGCUUUCGGCGCAAGUUGAAGAACUUACUGCGAUGGUGUCACAGGCCCAACAGCAACGCGAAGCGAGCACAUCGGUCGCUUGA